CGGAAGCGCGCGGCGGAAGCGGAAGCGGAAGCGGAGCGGGGGCAGAGAUGGCGGCGGCCUGGGGCAGGCUCGGGGCCCUCAGCGGAGCCGCCGCCAUGGCGGGCGCGGCCUACGGGGCCCACGGGAUGCGCCGCAGUGACCGGGACGAGUACCAGAAAGAGCUCUACGAGACCGCCAAUCGCUACCACCUCCUGCACAGCCUGGCCCUGCUGGCGACGCCGCACUGCCGCCGCCCCCACCUGGCCGGCUCGCUGCUCCUGGCGGGGCUGGGGCUGUUCUGCGGCCCCUUCUACUACCACGGCCUCACCGGGGACCCCAAAUUCAACCGGGCGGCGCCGCUGGGGGGGACCCUGCUGAUCCUGGGCUGGGCAGCCAUGGCCCUCUAGCGACCCCAAAAACGGGG